AUGUGCGAGGUACUCAUUCUGAUGCUCAACUCGUUCUACCGCCUCUACUACCAACUGUUCGAUCUGUGCGAGCACACGCUCAUUUCGGUGCUCAUUCUGCUCGUCGUCCUCAUCUGUUUCAUUCCGGCGCUCUUCAAAACGGUCGGUUUUUUUGUCAGUUUUGUGUAGGAAGGAGAGCUCCUCCGAAUAUGAAAACGACGGACAAUACUCCGGCCAGGGAGCCGUCCCUACUUUUUUUUUGGGGUAUUACCCCCUUUGCAAAUGAAAUGUCACCUGCUCAUUGAGCAUUUUCCACUUUUCAGCCGCUUUUUCUCAGUUUUUCCAGACGCCGACCCCGGAUGUGUGUCACUUUCAGGCGGUGUGCUCUCAAGUGAAGUGUGCAGUGUCUGGCGUUUUGAGAAGCGAAAAAGAAGAAGAAGAAGAAGAAGCAAUGUGACUCUUUUGCUUCACGUUCCAGGCCAUGGCCUAGAAGCCCCGAACUAGGCCGACUGGGCCACGUGGCCUAACUUUGCACUUGAAACAGUUAGGCCACCAAGCUUUCCACUUGUACGACCUACAGACCCCUCUCAUAUUUUCUAGUUGAAGAUCCGGACAUGUUGACCGUGGCCUGGGAUCCAAAUUCGAAUCUUUGAUAGGAUUAGGAGACCUUCAAAGAUCAUCUCCCCCUCUCUCUCUUCUUCUUCUUCUUCUUCUUCUUCUUCUUCUCCGUGUUCCUUUCUCUCUUUCAAAUUGGUUUCAAUGCACUAAUCCCCUUGUUUUGUGCCCCUUUUCCAUCAACUAUAUACAUUUUUUGUGAGCCAUCUCCGAUCUGGCUCAUUUUGAGCCAAUUCAAGGUGAGCACAAUCUUUGGAGCUCGAAAUUUGUGCAUUUUUCAGCGAAAAAAAUAUGUGGAAAAGAGAGGGAGACGAAGAAGAAGAAGAAGAAGAACUAUUUUAUAAUUCUCUCUCUCUCUCUCUUUCACUUCCCCCUCCUACACUUUCUAAUUAUCUCAUUCCGAUAUAUAUAUGGGGGCUCAUCUUUGAGAGCACGAUGCCACGUCAUGCGGAUAUUCAUCCGGUUUAUGACUUCUUCUUCUUCUUCUUCUUCUUCUCCUCCUUUUCCAGAUGAUAUUCCUACACGGUGGCCUAGAAUUGAUGGCCUUGAAAAGCAAAAUGAAAAAGUUCUUUCCGACAAAGUUUCGCACGUCAUUUCGUCGUUUUCGUGGGAGGACUUUCAGCUUUUCAGUGUUCUUCGCCGCUUGCUAAUCUUUUUAUGAAUUGAGUCGAAACGCACACGCACACACGAAAUCACAUCACCUGCACGCGCUUUCGGUUGUCAGGCCAGUUUAGAGUCGAGGACCGACCGACACAAAUGUCACUUUUGCCCGCUUUUGAGUCGAAACUGCUCGCGGUCCCUGGCGGAUGAGUCAGACGGACGCCUAAUGGCCGGCCGGUCCCUCCAAAUUAAUUGAAAUUCCGAGUCGUCUUGUGGCUUCUUCGCCCCAACUCGGUUUUAUUCAAUUUUGCAACAAACACAUUUGUCGGAAACGUUGAGAGACGUUUUGCAACCGUCCGAGGCCGCUUUGCAACUUUUGUGUCCCGGUGACCAGGAGAAGUGCCACUAAAUCAUUUGUCAACUUGAAAAAUGCCACUAGAGCUGCUGGAUUUUGUGUUUCCCGGUUACAAAGUGUCUAGGCGUUGAGUGCCCUGGUUGCGAAGUGUCCUUUUCUCGAAUUGGUAGUUGCGAAACGUCCUGGUAGCAAAGACAGCUAACUAUGAUAAUACUUUGAUCCAACUAUGACACUUAUGUUACAUUGCUAACUAUUUUGGUUGCGAAACGUCUUUCUUUGGUGAAAUCAGGUUGCAAACUGUCCUUGUCCCUUCUGAUCGGUUGCAAAACGUCCUCCUCUCGUAUUAUCCAGUUGCAGAGUGUCCGUGAUCGGUUCCUGGGGUCUCACACUAAUUUCUGAUGUUUCUAUUAUCCAUUUCCGUGCCGCCGCCAUCUCCGUCACAAGCGAGUAAACGAAUCGGGAGGGGGAUAAUCAGGAAGAAGGAUUAGAGAGGGAAUCGGAUAAUAUCGGUGAUAAGGGUGCAAGUGAGGGAAGAACGGAUUAGCGGAAAUAUAUUCGAAUGCGAGAAGGGAAGAACAUCAUGAUUCGCGCCACCGGAUGAAAGAGAGAGAGAGGAGGUCUUAGGCUUAUUAUUAUUAUAUUAUCAAUCCACAUUUUCACUCCAUUCCACCACCAGUAGAAAUAUGUGAAUGUGAAAUGACUAUUUUGUUCCGCGGCAGAAAGGUGAGCAUUGGCACAGUCAACUCGUAUUGAGCUAUUGUGUCGGGUUUUACUACUUGACAACUUUUUUUUCGUGUUUUGGAUCCAAUUCCAGUACAAUAUCCUUCCGGAUCCUCCUUCAGACUCAUAAGUAAUUCCACGCAACCCUUUCGUCCAUUCAAUCUAUUAUUAAUUUUUGGGAACCAACUGAAACACACGGUCCUUGUUGUUUUUGCAUACAUCAGACUACUAACAAUUUGCCGCCCCGAAAAAACUAAUCGACUUCUAAUUCGGAUGACGUCUUCUUCUUCUUCUCCUACUUCUUCUUCUUCUUCUUCUUCUACUUUUACUUCUCCUACUUCUCCUACCUCACUUCUAACCAUUAUUGUGGGUUUGUGCGCGCAGAAAUUCGAUUCCGCCGAUUCUUGACAAUUAAAAGAAUCUUAUGGUAUUCGGUUACUCGCCGCCAGUGUUUUUGUUGUCCGCCAGAUUGGCCAAUAAUGUGGCGGCCCAAAUGAAAUAUUCAAGGACAAAACGCGAAAAUAGAAAGAGCAAAACAAUUAUGAGCUCGAGUUGUACGCCGCCUGUUUUGAUUAACAAUUGGCUAUUUGGGGGGGACCGAAUCCAUUUAUAUCUGAUAUUGUCGGGUUCUUAAAUUAAGACUAUCAUAGCACCUAGCAUAAGUCGGACACAUUGCAACUAAUCUAGCGCCAACACUUUGUCGUUUAGCACUGAACCUUUCAGUGUUCAACUGUGAGGACAGGACCCCUAACCCUCUUUGACCCUUAUGAAUAUUGUCGGUUUGCAGGAAGAGCAGCGCCCACUGUUUACGAUCUUCGUUCUCGUGUGCGGCGUGGUCGGCGGCCUCAUCGUCGUCAUCUCCGUCGUCUACCUCUACCGCUACUGUCUGAAGCGCCGCAAUCCGGUCACCACGUAAGACGGUGCCACCGAAUGAAUCUGCUCACCAAUACAAUUGUUCAGAACGGUGAACCCGGACUUUAAGAGGGAACACAUUCGGAGUGUCGUCGUGGGUCUCAGCCGACCACUGCCCCUGCCGCAAGAGUUUCUCACGUCUUCCACGCCGAAACACACGUCGACGACCACACUCGGAGGAGCUUACGACGAGCAACACGACAAUAUCAUCGACAAUAGCGUUUCGGUCGUGCCGCUUAUCGUCACCAAUGACUCCAAUUAUGCGCUACGCCUCUCGCAAAACACUUAUAAUAGUGAGUUCAUUUGUUAGUGGUCCCUAGCGGAUUUAUAUUCAAUUUUGUUGGUUGGUAGGACCUUAAGAAAAAGAUCGCUUGGUUUUGCACGAUACUGAACAUUUUUGUGAUGAAUUAGAAGAACCGUUCUUUCAAAUCCAUGUAUCUCAGCUGCCUGGGGAGAUAUCAAGAAGUUGUCAACUAGUAAAUUGUUUAUUGAAACAUUUUGUACACUUUUUGUGUUGACAGUUUUUUGGCACCUCGACCGGCAACCGAGAUAUAUCAUUUUGAAUGAACGUGCCACUCUACUAUAGUUAGUGUUGAAAAAAGGCGUAUAACUCGGCCCGCACAAGUUUUCGAAACAAAUAGUCAAUUGCAAAGUUGUUUAUCAUGAAAUUUUCCACAAAUUUGUAGUUAUCAACUUUCAAAAAUAUCCACUAGUUCUCGAGAUAUAGGCCUCCAAAGUAAGGGUACUUAAAGUUGGCGACAAGGUUCUCAGUUUAGGCCCCAAAUGUAACUUUUCAUAAUCAAUUCCAAUUCCAGCGUUGCUCUCCGUGUCCCCUGCUCCCACACGUGCUCAUUCCGCAGAACUGCAUCCUCCAGAAGUGUGCGACGAAGUGCGGCGAAGUUCGUUCGAAGUGCAACGUGGCACCGGCCGUCAACUGCCGAGCACCGAGGGCCUAGAGGUGAUCGAUACUUUUUAUAAAAGUAGACAUGAAAUAAUAAUAAUAAUACAACACAAAAAAGACAUGAGAUGGGAUGGCAAGCAUCAUUCUUUUCUUCUUCAAUCCAAAACUGAAUUGAAAUGGUUGGCGAGACGAGUGGUUGA